AGCGCGAACCGAGGAGCGAGUCAGCCGCGUGAACUGUACAGUGGCAGGGAGCGAGAGGCACUAUUGUCGCUGGGUCUCCCACCACGCCGACGGAGAGGUCCGUCGGCCAAUAACGUGCGGCCGUUCUUAUGAUGUCAUCGGAGGAGGAUACUGACUGUUUCGGCCUGUACGGAGAUAAACUAUCGAAGAAGGCGAAACGCACCAGACAGCGAGUGGACGCCGGAGAACCAAGAAAUAGUUACUCGUCUAUACCGAAUUUUAGUUCACGGCCUUCCUUCAUGAGCGGAGGCAUAUACGGGGCUAUCUUCAGCCAGAACCAACAGCACUUCGGGUUGUUUGGUCCCGGCUACGGUCCAGCCAAAAUGUUGAACGAGCUACUCGGACGUCAGGGCCAUCCUGGUGACGAGGGCGCCUGCGACGCGCAGGAUCAGGUAGGUGGUGGUCGUCAUUCAUCUGAAGAUGGCGGUUCGCCAUCUCCGCAUGCUACUGAAUUGGCUCAUCACAUGCUGCGUGAUAUUCUGCAGGGCCGCAAGAAGGAGCUGAUGGCGCUAGAGAGCGAACUGCGAGCCGGUCCCGACAACAAUAAUUGCAUCAAGAAUAAUAAUAAUAAUAACCAUCACAACGGUGAUGGUCAGUGUGUAUCCGCGGAUAGUGAAAUAAGUGAAGUGGUCGGCGUUAGCGGACGUGCGGAGGGUGGUUCUUUAACGACAGAUAAUAGUGUUGUGGUCGAUGAAGACAUUGCUGCGCCGUCUGAGGAGACGCCAAUGGACUCGGAACAUUCUUUGCCAGCGUCACCACUGCCAACACUCAAGAACGAACCCGAAACAGUGGAUACAAAUAAUACAGAUUCGCGUGUUAAAGACUUACAACCCGGUUCUCCCGAUAAAAGUGAUCAACCGGCACCGUUAGAUAUGAAACGUGCGCGUGUGGAAAAUAUAGUGUCGAGCAUGCGCAGCAGUCCUGCUCCGCAACAAGUGAAUGGUUGUAAGAAACGUAAAUUGUAUCAUCCCCAACAGCAUGACAAUUAUUCGCAAUUGGGAAUUAAUAUGCAGCAGUUAGUAAUCGAAGACGAAGAAGAUGACGACGACGAUGACGAUACAAUAGAAACACCGCAUACGUUGUUACAAAAACGUGUUGAGAAAAAUGCAUUAAAAUCACAGUUGCGUAGUAUGCAGGAGCAACUCGCUGAAAUGCAACAAAAAUAUGUGCAAUUGUGCUCGCGAAUGGAACACGAAUCAGAUACUCAAGAAGUGGAAGAAGUUACAAGUGAUCUUGAACAAGAUGUAGUGAGUCAAACAUGUACAGAAAAACGAACACCUAUAUCAUCACCAUCCGUUAAAACGACACAAUCACCGCCACCAGUGCAACAGACGGCGCCGGCGCCAGCUAAUAUUAUGUCACAAGUGAUGAGUAAAAUGAUGUCAGCGGCAAAAAUUCAUCCACACGCACAUCAAAUGCGACAUCAAAAUCCGCACGGUAUGCCUGCAGCAUUUAAUGGACCUCAACAUCCCUUAUUGCAACAGCAAAUGCACGCGGAAGCGCACGGAUUGGCAAUGGGCCACCCACAUGUACAACAUCCACAUCACGCUAUAAGCAAUGCUGCAGCAGUAUAUUUGGGUGUUAGUCAAAAAUUAUUCAUGGAGCAAGAAGCUAGAAUGGCCAAGGAGGCAGCAAUGGCUGCUCAUGCUGCAGCAGAUCAGCAACAUCAUCAACAACAACAACAGCAACAUCAACAGCAGCAGCAACAACAACAGCACCAAACACCGCAUAUGAAUCAUUCGCAGCACAUACCCAAUCACAGCGGCCCAGUCGCACAUCAAAGUAAUUCACAGUCGAGUCAAACCUUAAAUCAAUCACAGCAAUCGCCACAGUCAAUGGGUAAAGAUAGCACAAACGAAAGGCCACGACCUGCAGCAGUAUCGCUUUCUAUGAAUCAAGUUACAGGUUCAGAUCUAGAGGGACUAGCCGAUGCUUUGAAAACAGAAAUCACAGCCUCGUUGUCAUCGCUUGUGGAUUCAGUUGUUACGCGAUUUGUGCACCAACGACGAUAUCUAGGAAAACAUUCCGAAGCAGCGGCAGCAGCAGCGGAACAGCUGAACAAGGAUCUCCUAUUGGCUUCGCAAUUGCUCGACCGCAAAAGCCCGCGUGCAAGGCCUCCUCCAGUGACAGAUCGUGGUAGCCAAGCGACACAGCCGCAGCAGCCCAAUCAACCAGGUAACAACAAUAAUUCAGCACCACCUGGCCUAAUGAACGGCCUGAGUAAUAUUAACGGUCAUGCGAUGAUGGGUCCGCGUAUGAACGGGCAUGCUUACAUGCCGCUGCAACACGGCCCGCCUGAGCAUCCACCGGCUCAUUUAGGUUAUCAGCCGACUCAUGCGCGUCCUUCUCCCGUUGUAGCAGGUCCUUUCCAGCACCCAAAGCCGCCGCAGCAAUCGCAGCAACAGCAGCAGAUGCAGAUGGCCAUGUACGCACACAACGGAGUCAGCCCGCACGGAGCGUCGCAAAACAAUAUGUUUUGCAAACCAGAGCCGAUGGAGACCAAUCCAGAGCAGAACGAGGCGCUGAGUCUCGUGGUCACGACAAAAAAGAAAAGGCAUAAGGUUACAGACACACGCAUCACGCCGCGAACAGUGAGCAGGAUUUUGGCGCAGGAUUCGCCUGAACACGGUUUAAGCAACGGAGCAGCAUCAGAUUGUCCGUCACCUCGACCGUACCAACAGAACCCACCCCCGCCUCCGCCACCGCCGCCGAUGAUUCCGGUGUCGUUACCCACUUCAGUAGCGAUACCAAAUCCUUCACUGCACGAAUCCAAGGUAUUCUCCCCGUACAGUCCGUUCUUCGGCGCUCACGGCCCACACAUGUACCACAUGGGCGGCGUGGGUCCCCACAGUCCGCCUGGAAUGGGAGAACCGCGCGAUUCGCCGCCACUGCCGCACCCGCCCGCCAUGCUUCAUCCUGCACUACUCGCAGCAGCACACCACGGCAGCUCACCGGACUACGGGCACCUCCGAGCCGCCAUGGAGGCCAACGAUCGCAACUCAGACUGCAACUCGGCGGACAUCUCAUACGAUGGAGUGCGACCUACAUCGUCAACAUUAACCCCAAUGCACCUGCGAAAAGCCAAGCUGAUGUUCUUCUGGGUCCGGUACCCGAGUUCCGCUGUCCUGAAGAUGUACUUCCCAGAUAUCCAAUUCAACAAGAACAACACAGCGCAACUGGUUAAAUGGUUCUCCAACUUCAGGGAAUUCUAUUACAUUCAAAUGGAGAAGUAUGCUCGGCAGGCAGUCAGCGAAGGUGUCAAAAAUGCUGAUGAAUUGCAAGUUGGAGGCGACAGCGAAAUUUAUAGAGUUCUAAAUCUUCAUUACAACCGGAACAACCACAUAGAGGUAUGGGGACCUCAGGUUCCAUCAAACUUCCGUUACGUAGUGGAGCAAACGUUACGAGAAUUCUUCAAAGCGAUACAGGGCGGUAAAGAUACGGAACAGUCGUGGAAAAAAUCGAUCUACAAGAUCAUUUCCCGACUGGACGAUCCGGUUCCUGAAUACUUCAAAUCUCCAAACUUCCUGGAACAAUUGGAGUAAAACCGCUCGUCAAGAAAUCAUUUGAUGUCACUGCCCUCACAUGCACAGUGCCCUCAAAAGGGCUCAAAAGUAACCAAGUGUUCCUAACAAGGGAAUGUGAAAUUCCAAACGGAUUUUACACACCAAUCAUUUCGACGAUAUUUAGGCCUUCAGUUCAAAAAUAAAUCUAAAAAGUAAAUAUAAAAGCGUAAAAUUUUAAAAUUAAAAUUAUCGUCACUAUUUAAAAGAGAAAAUAAUAAAGUAAUAUAUAUUAUAUAAAGAAAAGUUCUAAAACAAAACUACCAGACAAACCAGGUUGCUUUUUCUGUGUGUAUCUCUCUUUGGUUUGCAUUCGAAUCGAGACGAUUCGCACGAAUUUAUUAUUUAUUGUGUAAACUGUACGCGGCCCCCCACAUGUCGAUCUAAUAAAACUGUACCAUAGACCCUAGAACUUAACAAUUAGAGUCGGCCGAGGGUCUGAUACCAAAUCCGCUGCACAUAUUAGGAGCCUCUCAUUGUACAAAUAGGCCGAGAGGCUCAAAAAGGAUCUUGAUCGGAUCCUCGUUCGGCGAUGUAACUGUACAUACAAAAUAGCCACUAUUUCAAAGACGGCCCAUAUCUAUAGCAAUUAUAUUUAAUAAUAAUAUAUAUACCGAUGAGGAUGGUUAACGCUUUGUGUUAAUAAUGCUGAAGAACCAAAGGUAAAUUUGAAUUACUAGUCCGCGUAUGUCGACCUCAGUCGUAGACUGUCGAGUCCCUUUAAAACCUUUGUACUAAUUCAAUUGAGAUUAUGUUUGCAUCUCCAUAUCUCACUCUACAGAAUAUUAAUAAUAAUUAUAUUUCAGUUACAGAGCCGUACAACUUAUGUUAUUUUUUAACUGAUUAUACAGGAUAUUUUAUUUGCAAUAGUGCCAACGCGGUAACCGACAGAUCUCAAUACCACAAACAUAAUCAAAAUCGAUCGGUACGAUGGUUGACUCAACACUCUAAAACUUUGGUCGUCAUCAUAAAUUAAAUAACCGUAUGAAUUAUUAUUUAAUUGAAUGAUUUUAUUGAUACUAGUAUGAUUUUUAAUUAUAUGUUUUACACAAAACGCAAAAAAGGUUUAGGUAAUUAAUAUAAAUUAUAUUAUAGCUAUUAUUAUUUCACAAUGCACUGUAUAGCGUAGUU